AGCUCUUACAGCCUAAGAUUUCAAAAAGACUGCCCUCCCCUCCAAAUCCAUACACCCACUGCACUGGCUCACGCACCCAUCCACUACCAGCUCCCAUAGGUGCCACGCAGCUGGCUGGGGAAGAGGAGGGGGAGAGGGCUCCUCCAGGAGGGGGGAAGUCAAAAGAGUGGCGUUUCUAAGGGAUUUCACGUCCUACCCUCGCUUACAUGACGCCACCCCUCCCUCCAAAGCCUGGAUCUGCGCCUCCAUUUUUGUUUUGGGGCAGAGAGGCAGGGGCUCCAGGGUAGCAGGAGGGGGGGGGUCAAGGGAAACGGUGACCAUCACCCGCCCAGGGGAGAGGGGUGCUGCCCUCCCUCCUUCCCCUCCAUCCGCGCCCCGGCAUCCCCUGCCACCUUCCCGGGGUCUUCCCCCGCCCCUUGUUGCUAAGGCCCGGACCGUCAUCCCAGCAACAGCCUCAGUCAUGUGACCGGCAAUGGCGGCGCUGACGGGAGCUCUGGCCAGCUCCAUGUGGAAGUAGAGAGACUGUUACCAUCUCCAUGGUCUUUUCAGGCCAAAGGUCUCCCAGCAGCAGGGAAAAGGAGUGAGCCUGCAUGCCAAUCCUAAGCUCUUCCGGAUCAAAGUGAGCAAAAAUGUCGUUCGUCCUGUCCAGAAUGGCAGCCUGUGGAGGCACCUGCAAGAACAAAGUGACUGUCUCCAAGCCUGUGUGGGACUUCCUGAGCAAGGAGACCCCAGCCCGGCUGGCCCGGCUUCGGGAGGAGCACCGAGUGUCCAUCCUCAUAGAUGGCGAGACCUCGGACAUCUACGUGCUCCAGCUCUCCCCACAGGGUCCUCCCCCAGCCCCUCCCAAUGGGCUCUACCUGGCCCGCAAGGCUCUCAAGGGGUUACUGAAAGAGGCGGAGAAGGAGCUGAAGAAGGCUCAGAGGCAGGGGGAGCUCAUGGGCUGCCUGGCUCUGGGGGGCGGUGGGGAGCACCCUGAGCUGCACCGCCCAGGCCCACCCCCUCUUCGAGCAGCCCCACUCCUGCCCCCAGGGGCAAGAGGGCUCCCCCCUCCCCCUUCCCCCCUGCCUCCCCCACUCCCUCCUCGUCUGAGGGAGGAGGCUGAAGAACAGGAAAGCACCUGCCCCAUCUGCCUGGGGGAGAUCCAGAAUGCCAAGACAUUGGAGAAGUGCCGGCACUCGUUCUGUGAGGGCUGCAUCACACGGGCCCUGCAGGUUAAAAAGGCCUGCCCCAUGUGUGGCCGAUUCUACGGGCAGCUGGUGGGCAACCAGCCGCAGAAUGGGCGGAUGCUGGUCUCCAAGGACGCCACCCUCCUGCUACCCAGCUAUGAGAAGUACGGCACCAUUGUCAUCCAGUAUGUCUUCCCGCCCGGUGUCCAGGGGGCUGAACACCCGAACCCAGGAGUUCGGUAUCCUGGUACCACACGGGUGGCCUACCUCCCGGACUGCCCCGAGGGCAACAAGGUGCUGACCCUGUUCCGGAAGGCUUUUGACCAACGCCUCACCUUCACCAUUGGCACGUCCAUGACUACAGGGAGACCCAAUGUCAUCACGUGGAACGACAUCCACCACAAGACCAGCUGCACAGGGGGACCCCAGCUGUUUGGGUAUCCAGACCCCACCUACCUGACUAGGGUGCAAGAGGAACUGAGAGCCAAGGGUAUUACAGAUGACUGAAGGACGCCACCCCUCCGCCAAGGCCCCUGCCAAGGGUAUCACAGAUGACUGAAGGACGCCAUCCCCUCCGCCAAGGCCCCUGCUGUCCUCUUCUAUAGGACCCACCGGAAACCUCUGCUCUCUCUGCCCCCACACCGCCCACGAGGGGAUUUGUCUGACUGGGGUGGGAGUUGAGUGGGGAAGGGGACAGUCCCUUCCCCUGCCCCCCAUUGGCCAAGUGCUCCAGUGCCCUUUGAGCCAUGCCCCUGCGGCAGAGGCUGGUUUCCCGGGCUCCCCUCCCCGCACUCCCCGUGUACAUAUUCUCUCUGCCCCCAGCUCCGCCGGUGUCUUUGGCUUUUCCUGGUAUGUGCUUCAGUCACUAAGCUGGGAAAGGGUCUGGGUAGGGAGGAUGGAGGUCUCUUCAACUCCAGCCCCCGAAUACUGUUGUUUGUCCUUGGACUGAUAUUAGCUGCCUCCCCCACAGCCAGCUAUGUGUUAAGAUAACAGUAGUCCUACCUUAUCGGAUCCUUUCUCUCCCGUGUCUGUCUGUCAGUCAGUCUGUCUUUCUCUCGCUCUUCUCUGCCCCUAUAAGGAGCCUCCUCACCCUGUUCUGGAAUUGCUGCCAGACUGUAGCUUUUAAUUUAAUAAAAAUAAAGUAAAAUAUGCAACUCUA